CGACGCCGCUCAUUUCAGGCGUCGUACCUGUUGACGAAGCUCCGGCGAUUUCAACGAUACAUCAAUUUUAAAAGUUUGUCUGUGGUUUGUGGUUUUCGGGUUUGAGGGCGCAGGUUUUUGGAGAUUUUUCAAGGUUAAAACCAUGUCCACUUGUAAAUUGGCAAUCCUCUUGACCGUCCUUCUGGCAGUACACCUCAUUUCAGGAAGCCCAGCCAGCAGCUUAUGCAAUCGACCAUUGUACAGUUUCGAAACUUCCAAACACGUCGGCGAUUACUUGAAAUGCAUCGCAAACGAAGCAUCAAAAACAAGGUAUGGAAAACGGGCACCACCAGCACUCAUCGGCAAACUUCGUCCCUACGUGUACGACUACGACUUACAGCAAAUCCAAGAUUUGUUGUAUCCUGAAAAUUAACUUCCUACUCAACAACACAAUAAACACAGUAUUACAUUUACAUAACAACGGUGUAUGAUUUUGUAGUUAGAAUAUUUGUUCGAUUACAGGUUAUUUUUUUCUUUAAAAUUUACUGUACUACGCUUUAAUAAAUAAACAGACAAGUCACGUUUUCA